GCAGCAUGGCGGCCGCCAUGGCACUGAGCUGCGGGGCCCGCUACGGGCCCUGUUCCCGGCAGCUGCUGGGACUAAGCGCCCGCGGGCGGCUCGUGCGGCCGGCGGUCUGGGGAGGGAGCGCGGCGCCAGCUUCCAGCCGGCCCGGCCCCGGGGGAGAGGUGCAGUACUGCGCCGAGCUGCUGCGGAAACGUGACUAUGAAGGGUUUCUAUGUUCUCUGUUGUUGCCUGCAGAAUCCCGCACCUCUGCUUUUGCUCUGAGAGCCUUCAACGUUGAACUGGCCCAGAUUAAAGACUCCAUAACACAGAAGACCAUAGGUUUGAUGCGAAUGCAGUUUUGGAGGAAAGCUGUGGAAGAUAUAUACUGUGAUAACCCACCACAUCAGCCAGUUGCUAUAGAACUGUGGAAGGCUAUCAAGAGACAUAACUUGACUAAAAGGUGGCUUCUGAAGAUUAUUGAUGGAAGAGAGAAAAAUUUGGAUGACAGAGCAUAUCGUAACAUCCAGGAACUUGAAACAUAUGCUGACAACACUCAUAGCGCUCUCUUGUAUCUCACCUUGGAAAUGCUGGGUGUGCGGGAUAUCCAUGCAGACCAUGCAGCCAGUCACAUUGGGAAAGCACAAGGCAUUGUCACCUGUUUAAGAGCAACUCCGUAUCAUAGUAAAAGACGAAAGGUCUUUCUUCCUAUGGACAUUUGUAUGUUGCAUGGAGUUUCGCAAGAAGAUUUCAUAAGAGCCAAUCAAGAGAAAAAUGUGAGAGAUGUAAUUUACAACAUUGCCAGCCAGGCGCACGUUCAUCUAGAACAUGCUAGGUCUUUCAGUAAAAAUGUUCCUGUUAAAGCAUUUCCUGCCUUUCUCUAUACAGUUGCUUUAGAGGAUUAUUUAUAUAAAAUACAGAAAGUAGAUUUCAACAUAUUCCAUCCAAGCUUACAUAAGAAGAGUACGUUACUACCAUUGUAUUUAUAUAUUAGAUCCUGGGAAAAAAAAUAUUAAAAAUAGACUUAACAUGUCAGACUGAGUACUGCUUUUUUUAAACUGAUAAUUUUAUAGAAAUGUUUUUGUUAAAUAAGCAAUUUUGUUACACAUUCUGUGAACUGUUCUUAAUUGGAAGUAACAUAUGAGCAUGACCUGUAGCUAUUAGCUUGCUGAUCAUAGGAAAAGCUUGUUCUGGUCAGUAAAUUAGGCAGAUGUGAUUUGGCAGACACACAGAUAUGAACUGUUCUAAGGUUACUCUUGUAGUCAUUUUUUUGUAAUAACCACACUUAUUAUUUACUUGAAGCCAAAUUUUACUUGGGAUAAUCCCCCAUUAAUAUUAUUUACUAUUUAUUCCUGGCAGCAUAUGCUAUCUGCUAAAUGCUUUCCUAACAUAAAAGAAGACCUGAUUCCUGCGCAAAAGAGCUUACAAUCGAUACUCUCGUAUUCAGCUAAGCAACAUUAUUUAGUAUUUUACAAAUUACACAUUACACAAAGCAACAUUUCUUGUGUAUGCCAUUGGUUUGAUGGCACCACCACUUAAAUCCUUCUUGAUGCCUUCAUCUUGUCCCCAAGUCCUUGCUCUUGAGUCCCCACAUGGGCAGAAACCUGCUUCUGAGAUAUGCUGGAUGUUGACACUUCCAACUCUCGAUGGAGUUCCUCCAUAUUUCAAUGGGAAUUGUUAGGUGCUCAGCAUCUCUAAAGAUAACAACCUAAAUGCUCAAUAUUUCUGAUAUUUGUUUUCUUUCAUAAAAUCGUGCUUCCUAAUAUCCAUUUUUGUUUGUUGCACAAAUCCUGUAGUUUCCUUUGCUAUCAUCCUUUUCCUGUUGCAUAGAUAUUUUGCAUUUAGAGGUUUUUCUUUCUUUCUUUCUUUUUUUUUAAAUCAGGAUUAAUCUCCCCAGAUGCUUGGUUGCAUAACAAGAUCCUGUGUUUUUUAUUGCACAGUGCUACAUAAUGAAUUUCUGAGAGCAUGAGCCGUAGCUUUUUCUGUCACAGGAUCUGUUACUAUGGAGGAAACUUUGGGAAUCCAAUAUUAAACAUUUAAAACAAUUCCAUUGAAUGAAAGACUAAAGCUGUGCUUCUUACCUUGAUUAUAUUUUCAAUGAUACAGGUAUUUAUCAGUCUUGCAGUUCACUAUUUCUGAAUGAGAAAUUUCAAUUUGAAGCAGUUUCUUUCAGGACUUUCUCUUGACUCUGUAUUCUGUGUUGUUACAAAUGCAGUAAGCAAAGUGGGCAUGAAAGUAAAAAGGCAUCUUGGGCAUUAUGCUGUCAUGUAUGAAUACACUGGAUUCUUCCUCCCAGGACUAGAAGUCAGGAAAUCUUAAAGGUUCAGUAUUGCGAUCACCAUCCCUUCAGUCAACUAGCUCAUCAUUGCUGUUUUUGAAUCUGCCAAAAGGGUCUGCUUAAAAAAA